UUGGACGCGACCAUGUCCAUUCUUUGGCGGCUGCAGGAUGAGAACCCGUCGUUCAGAUCACAGGCAUGCAUCUCGCAGUGAGAUCAUUUGUGUUAUAAAUAUCCCCGUGCCAGCAGUAGCUUUUGCAUGGAAAUGCCUGACGAACACGCCACGAACGGCCGGCAGUGCAUGGAGCAAAGGAUCAGCAAAAUGCGGGGAUUGUCCUAGCAGCGAGCACUCUGGAGAGAUCUGCUGGAAGAAUGCGCCUGCACUUCCUCCUCCGCCUCCUCUUUCUGAAUCGCGCUAUCCACUUCGCUUCGGGCUACAUCGAGCAGGUAGUGUCCGCAGAAUCACCCCAGGGCACAGCAAACGAAAGCUCUUCAGCCAUGCAAAGCCGCAGAUCGCUGAGGAACAUCUACCAAUGGAAUAGGUCUGGGCCGCGCACUGGAAGACUCUACUGCAGAGUUGGAAUUGGUUUUCAUUUACAGAUUCAGGCUGAUGGCAAAGUCAGCGGCUCGCAUGAAGCCAAUCUGUUCAGUAUUUUAGAAAUAUUCGCCGUGUCUCAAGGGAUAGUGGGAAUCCGUGGGAUUUUUAGCAAUCGUUUUUUAGCGAUGAGUAAAAAAGGGAAACUCCACGCCACCACGAAGUUUACUGCUGAAUGUAAUUUCAGGGAGCGAUACCAGGAGAAUAGCUACAACACUUACGCCUCAGCCACUUACAAGAGCGAGAACAGCAGUCGAGAAUGGUACGUGGCUUUAAAUAAAUGCGGCAAAGUUAAAAAGGGGAAUAGCCCCCGAGUGAAACCUCAACACAUUUCGACACAUUUCCUUCCAAGGUUCAAGCAGUCUGAAAAAGAAAAGACUUUCAAAAUUACCAAGAAGGUGCCAGAGAAGAAAACACCGCCCAAACCCCCGAAGUCGCCUCCCGCUGUAAGCACCAGCAGGAAGUAUGUGAACGUUGUCAAAUAUAGGCCGAAAUUUCGAUUUGGUUAGCAGUGGGUGGAUUUCGCUCUUUUUAUCUGCUUCAGGGGUCAGUGAUUUCGGUGGAAAGUAGAUGUGAAGCAACGAGGAUCACUGAACAUACCUAGUUUUUAGGCAUGGCAUCCUCGAACCGCGUGGUCUGCGCCCAACUCCGGCAGUGGGAGCUUGUUUAUGAGUGGAUGCUGCACCGACACUGGAAAUGAGAGGCUCACCGGGAAAUAUGCAAAAAAAACUUAUUUUCUAGUAGAAGAACAUAUGUCUGUUUGUAUUCAAUCGUUCGCCAACUGGAGAAAACAUACUUUAAAAGUUCAUUCAUGUUCAUUGAAAAAGAAAUGUUUUUGUCGGUGCAUUUCUUCGAGAGGAUGUGCUUUUAUAAAUGAAAACGCAAAAAGCUCUCCUGUUUUAUCUCAGUCGGAACCGUAGAAUCGGUUUGGAAAGAUAGCAAGACCUUUAUUUUUAAGGCAUGUAUCCUCUUUCCCAGAAACCUGCAAUCCUUUCUCUAAUUGCUUAUGCCUCUCCUCUCUAAGAUGAAUAGCGCUGGUAUUGUGUAACCUACAUUGAUACUUGUUUGGAUGGCACAUGCAACAAUUAUUAUACUCUGGGCGAACGACCCCUGAGGUCCAGUCAUCCCCCGACCGAACAGGUGGGAGGAUGGAUUGGAGACCGUCAAUCAAACUAUCACUUUGGAGUUCGGAUGUUUAAAAUACCCCUGUCAUGAUCCUAGCAUUCCACCUCUUACAGACUCGGGAGGAAAAAGACUGCUUUGCUUUGCAGAGAAAAAUACGCAUGCUUUUGGGAGGCAGCACCUGUCUAUAGGUGUAUCAAGUGGCAAGCAUCAAUGUCACGGACCAUUAUCGCACACUGUCAUCAGAAAUGCUCUGUUGGCAGAAUAAAAAUCUCUCCUGGGACUCGUACAGGGAGGUAAUGAUUCCUGUGGUAGACAUUGCAUUAAAACACAUGCCUUAUAUUGUAUACGAGGGCACGUUGAUCUAAGAGUUUACAUGCAUGAGCUGCACUCGGAAAUCGCUGUCUGCUGCACUUGCAGAUAACAAGCAUCGAGGCAACAUUCAUUUAAUGUGCAUGCAUUCUUUAAUACUUACCUUUAAAUAUUUUGAGGUAUUUGACAAAAAAGAUAUACAAUAAAUGUAUUGCUAUUAAUUUUGUUUACAUUCACGGUGUUGAUUGUUGAUGUUAUGUUGUGAUCAUUUAAUUAAGAAUGUUGUCUCCUUGAAUGUUGUCUGGUUGGUUUAUAAAGAUAUGUAAAAUUGGAAUUUA